CAAGUGGGCGGGGCAGAAGCCCAGCAGAGGCUCCCCCAAAUAUGGGACCACUCCCCGGAUUGCUCCUGGGAUCCUGGGCCGGGAGGCUGCUUCUGGGAGGGGUCCCGAGACCCUCCUCCUUCCCUAGCUCUGCUCCUAACUUCGCUUUCUAGAGCCCACUCCCAGCUCCGACCUGUCCCUAUCCCCAAUCCGACUCCCUCUUCACCUCUCUCCUGCCCUAACCCCACCCCCAUCCAUCUUUCCCUCCUUCAUUCUUGUCCACAAUCUUUCCUGCUUCCCUGUCAUUUUUCCUUUUUCAGUCGUUCCUUUCUCCAUCCCUGCCCUCCAUUUCGCUCCCCCACUUCGUCCAUUCCUUAGAUCCUCCCUUCCAUUUUUCACUUUCUUUCAUUCAUCUAAUGCCUUUCCUUCCCUGUCCUCUAUCCCUGCUCCUCCCAUCCCUCUUCCUACAUCCCACUAAUCCAUCCAUUUAUUGUUUCCUACUCCGUACUCCAUCUUCCCUUCAUCCCUCUUUGUAACACCCACCCAACUCUCUCAUCCCUGUCCUCCUAUCCCUUUUUCUUUUCCAUCCUUUUCCCAUCCCUCCAUUUUUCUUCAGCUCUGUCCUUGAUCCUUUUUAUUCAUCCAUCCAUCCAUCCUUCUUCUUCACCCUCUCAGCACAUCUCCCCUGCACGAGGUGCCUUCUAGCCAUAGAUCUAUGAUCCUCUGAUUGAUUUCUCUCUCCUCUCCUCUCUUACCAUCCCCAUUUCCCAUCUCAUUUCUCCAUUCCUCUUCCCUCUCCUUUCCAUCCCUACCAUCUUCAUUCCCUCCUGAAUGUCUCCUUUGUUGGCCUCUUCUCCCUCACUUGCCCACAUUUUCAUUCUUCAAGCCCCUUUUUAAGGACUUGGGAACGGUGUCCUUGAAAAUGAAGUUCUGGCUGCUGAGGUGGUGAAGUUUUACUUCCCUAAGAUGGUGGAGAUGCAUAACUAUGUUCCAGCCAAUUCUGUACAGCAGAAAGUUAACAACUGGGUGCACCUGAAUAGGAAGGUGCUGCACAAGCUGAACUUCUCGGUCCCGGAGGACGUGAUCCAGAAGAUCGCUCAGUGCUCCCCCGGGGUGGUGGAGCUGGUGCUGCAGCCGCUGCGGGAGAGGCUGGAGGAAAGGAAGCGGAAGAGACAGGGGGUUGGCUCCUCUCAGGAGCUGGGUCCGCAGGAAGGCAGUAGCUACAUGGAUAUGGGUUUCUCCCAGAAGAAUCAAACCACCGUGGAUGCCCAGAAAGCUGGGCCCCUCAGAGCAGGCAAGUCUCUCUCUACAUAUAGCCAGACCUUGCAGGUGGAACCAAACUUUCUAGUUCAGAUGGCUGAGAAGGAACAAGAGUUGCUGGCCUCCCAGGAGACGGUUCAGGUCCUUCAGAUGAAGGUGCGACGCUUGGAACAUCUCCUCCAGCUCAAAAAUGUCCGCAUUGAUGAUCUGAGUCGACGUCUCCAGCAGGCUCAGCGCAAGCCGCGGCAAAAGAGUCAUUCCUUGGAUCCUGAACCCAAAGCCCGGACAAGUUGCCUGCUUCCUGAAGCCCAGGGUGCAGGGCCCACAGAGUGCACUGUGGGGCGCCCCUCCACCUUCCCUACCUUCUGGGAGGACGUGGCCCUGGCCCUGAUUUCCAAUAUCUGGGCACCGUCAGCCAAAGUCAGCAAUCAUCUUUUCCUGAGGCAGAGGGAGACUUCUUCCGGUUCUGUCUCUGCCUGUGACGGGCCCCGCCAGCACUCCGGGAAGGGAGGCUCGUGUGCCCGCCUCCCCUACGCCCAGUUGUCAUCCAAGAGAAACGUGUCCGAACAGGCCUUCAGACGGCCCGGGCGGCAGGGAUAGAGGCCGGGACUCGGCCAGAGGCUGGGGGAGACUCCUGGGUUCCAAGAUUGAGGCUGCCUGACUUUUGCCCCUUGCCUUAGCAUGGACCCGUCCUUCUCAGCCCUGGGAAGCACAUGCCCAGCUGCCUUGGAUCCCUUUUUUGUGGAGAUCCUCUUGGGAAAAGGGCUUGGAUGGAGCAAGAUGCCGGGAGAGAAAGCUGAACACCCCCCAAUAAACAUGCUUUGCCCCUUGG